AGCAGGGGCGGUUGAGAAGUAAAGUCUUGGCCGGACUUUGCUUCUCGCCAGGAAAUCGGCGGCGGCGAGUCCCAGCGGAGCGGAGCCGGGCGGCGUCCUCGUCAGCGCUCCCGCGGGGAGCCCGCCGCUUUCCCUCAGUGAGUUACUUCGCCUCAGGCAGACACGCACCCCGCAAGUGUUAGACCCAUGAGCCUCCGGGAACUGCCGAUUCACAAUGGGAACAACCAGUGACGAGAUGGUGCCCGUGGAGCAGGCCUCCUCGACCUCCUCCCUAGAUCCCCUGUGCUUCGAGUGCGGCCAGCAGCACUGGGCGAGAGAAAACCACCUGUAUAACUACCAGGGGGAGGUGGACGACGACCUCGUGUGCCACAUUUGCCUCCAGCCCCUGCUCCAGCCGCUCGACACGCCCUGCGGACACACGUUCUGCCACAAGUGCCUCAGAAACUUCCUGCAGGAGAAGGAUUUCUGCCCGCUGGACCGCAAGCGGCUUCAUUUCAAGCUGUGUAAGAAGUCUAGCAUCCUGGUCCACAAGCUGCUGGACAAACUGCUGGUCCUGUGUCCGUUCUCUCCCGUGUGCCAAGAUGUGAUGCAGCGCUGUGACCUAGAGGCACAUCUUAAAAACAGGUGUCCUGGAGCCUCUCACCGGAGAGUCGAUCUAGAGAGAAGGAAAACGAGUCAAACUCAAACACAGAUUGAGGGUGAAACUGGAUCUACUGUCAUAGAUCCUCCAGGCACCUUGCCCCCAGAAACGGACUGCUCGGGCACCGUGCCUGGCGAGAGGAACUUGACACCAGCAUCUCUUCCUGUGUGGACCGAGGAGCCUGGCCUGGACAACCCCGCCUUCGAGGAGAGCGCUGCAGCUGACUCUGUACAGCAGCCGCUUAGUUUACCAGAAGGAGAGAUCACCACCAUUGAGAUCCACCGCUCUAACCCGUACAUCCAGUUAGGAAUCAGCAUCGUGGGCGGCAACGAGACACCACUGAUCAACAUCGUCAUUCAGGAAGUCUACCGGGACGGGGUCAUCGCCAGAGAUGGAAGGCUCCUUGCCGGAGACCAGAUUCUCCAGGUCAACAACUAUGACAUCAGCAACGUGUCCCACAACCACGCCCGGGCCGUGCUUUCCCAGCCCUGCAGCACGCUGCAGCUGACAGUGCUGCGGGAGAGGCGCUUUGGCAGCCGUGCCAACAGCCACGCGGACGGCAGCGCGCCACGGGACGAGGUCUUCCAGGUGCUGCUCCACAAGCGAGACUCGACAGAGCAGCUCGGCAUUAAACUAGUCCGAAGGACAGAUGAGCCGGGCGUUUUCAUUCUUGACCUCCUGGAAGGGGGGCUGGCAGCACAGGACGGCAGGCUCAACAGCAAUGACCGGGUGCUGGCCAUCAACGGGCAUGACCUGAAGCAUGGGACCCCAGAGCUCGCUGCCCAGAUUAUUCAGGCCAGUGGAGAGAGGGUGAACUUAACAAUUGCCAGACCAGGGAAGCCCCAGCCCAGCAAUGGCAGCCGUGAGGCCGGAGCACACAGCAGCAGCAACCACGCUCAGCCACCCUCGCACAGCCGACCGGGCUCACACAAGGACCUCACCCGGUGCGUCACGUGCCAGGAGAAGCACAUCACUGUAAAGAAGGAGCCGCAUGAAUCCCUCGGGAUGACGGUUGCUGGGGGCAGAGGGAGCAAGAGUGGUGAGCUGCCCAUCUUUGUGACCAGCGUGCCACCCCACGGCUGCCUCGCUCGAGACGGCAGGAUCAAGAGAGGUGACGUGUUGCUGAACAUCAACGGCAUUGACCUGACCAACCUAAGUCACAGCGAGGCUGUGGCCAUGCUGAAAGCCAGCGCUGCGUCUCCGGCCGUCAUCCUCAAGGCCCUGGAAGUGCAGAUCGCCGAGGAAGCAGCCCAGGCCACCGAGGAGCAGCCGAGCGCCUUCAGUGAGAACGAGUACGACGCCAGCUGGUCCCCGUCCUGGGUCAUGUGGCUCGGGCUGCCAAGUGCCCUUCACAGUUGUCACGACAUCGUCUUACGCAGAAGCUACUUGGGAAGCUGGGGCUUCAGCAUCGUGGGUGGGUACGAAGAGAACCACACCAAUCAGCCCUUCUUCAUUAAGACCAUCGUCUUAGGAACCCCUGCUUACUAUGACGGAAGAUUAAAGUGUGGAGACAUGAUCGUAGCAGUAAACGGCCUGUCGACUGUGGGCAUGAGUCACUCUGCUCUGGUGCCCAUGUUGAAAGAACAGAGGAACAAGGUCACGCUGACGGUCAUCUGCUGGCCAGGCAGCCUCGUAUAGAGUCUUGACAUCAGACUCCAGUCUCAAUUCUUCCUGCAGGUCCGUGAAGGAAGCCCCUCCAGGGUGGCAUAUCUGCUGGGCAGCGACACAGGACAGCAAUACUGACAUCAUCCUGUGUUUCCCCUUGGCUCGGAAUCGGCUCCCACCAGCCCCAGGGGCUCAUUUCAGAUGCUCUCGGUGGCUGCCACGACUGUCCCUGGCUGGACGGAAGUGGCCUCUGUGCCUGCAGCAGCCUGCAGCAGCUCAGUCAUGAAGCGAGUUCCACCCGCAACUCCUCCAUCCGCAGCACCUCGCUGCUGCAGCGUCCGCAGCACCCCCUGCCCCGGAGACAGAGCUGCGGAGGGGCGCAUCUUAGGUUUUCCUCAUUUUCCAUUGGUGCCAACAUUUCAAGAUUUUUAUACCGUUUAUAAAGUGACUUUUGGGCUCGUUUCUACUGCGGCUGAUCUUCAGUCCUCAACUGAAGACAUAAACCGAACACCACUGAUGAGACUUAAAUAAUGUACUGCGGUUAAAAUAGGAGAGAGUCAAGAAUAAUGCUAUUGAAGGGACAGAGCAACCUGGGAGGCGACUUCUGGAACUGGCAAAGCUAUGUUGCCUGGAACAGCCCAGAAGCACGAAGACUCUGUUCAAAAGGAAAGCUUUGUUGCGUAGGAAAAGUUUGGAGAUGUUUUUCUAAAAGUCAUUUCUAGAGUUUAUAUUUAUCAGCAAUCUUGUCUGGAGAAGUUUUUGUGAUUUAUGCAAUUGAACUAGGUGAUUAAAUAACAUUACUUCUUAAACAUGAGUGCGCAUACACACACAUACACACACACACAUACACACAUACACACACACACCACAGCUAAGUUGAAAGGGAGCCUUUGAUUUUUGUUCCUGUGUAUUUUAGAAAUCCUUAGUUUCCCCCAAGAGACCAAAAAGCUCUGUUUUUGUUCUUGUUUUUUUAAUCUGAAAUAGUAGAUUUUAGAUGUUAGUGUCUUCAGCUGUUGGUCACUUAACUUUCUUUAUCUUUUUUUUUUUUUAAUGUUUAGAAAGCUGUUUGUCCUUUAUUCAACACAGAUGACCCUUAGACGGCAUAAUGAGAAAGUAAAUAAGAGGAAACAACCUUUGCCUGGUUAAUAUUUAUACUUGAAAAAUUCCACUUAGAAACCUCGUUCAAAGUCAGAGCUAACUUACACGUGAGCUCAGAGACAGAUGGCAUCGAUAAUCGUACAGGCUGCGGUGCCGCUGGGCGAGCCACCUCCUCAGCCAGUAUUGCUGGGCUUUGUAUCCCUGUCGCUGGUUCUUCCAAGUUAAAUUCAUAGUAAGAAGCCAAACAGGUCUCUCUGUGGUAGAUAAGGGUUGCAAUGGUGGUUGCUACUGGCUUGUUCAGCCCCGAGCUCCCCAGUCACCACGCAGCCAGCACACACACACAGACCCCCAGAGAGGGAUGCGGCCCGAGCACCCCCCCCCCAAUCACCUAUGAAGCAAUUUGAUCCUGAAGUGCAAUUGACGUGAAACAGUGUGUCCUGCUCCCCAGGUACAAUUUUGUAACCAGCCUUGCUACUUUUUAAAGACUUUGUAAAACCUGUCAUUUCUCUGGGGAGUGGCCAUCCAACAGAUAAUCAUAACUGCCACUUUGUUAUACAUAAAAAUAUGUCCAACCUGGUGGUCUGGUGAAUAUUUGGGGGGGGGGGGUAGGAUUCUUUCAAUAUUAUUUUUCUUAUGAAAAUCUCAGAGGACACUGGCUGUUCCGGGGUCUCUGUAAUGGAAUUUCUCCCUGAUCUGUUAGUGUUGAUGUAUUUGUACUUUGUCAGCUAAGCACUUAAUAACUGAAUAUUUUGAUUUGUUCUGUGCCUUCAGCUUACAUUCUUCCAGAAUUUCUCAGAUGUUUACAUAGCGGUGCAACGGCCGUUCUGGGUGGAGGUAAAUGCCAUCCGCUUCGGAGCAGCGCAGGCAUUCAUCCGAGAGCUGUGUCCCUAUUCACAGAGCCACUGCCCUCAGUCACUGCCUGCUGUGCCUGAGCCCCACACACACACACCCAUGAUGCCCCUGCUCCUGCAGACAGAACACACCAUAGCCUAUGCUGUCUUAUGUCUUCCCCAUCCAGAGUACCUCCAGCCCUUGGCUGUCCCUGAAGCUUGGCCCCCACGGUGUGCUGAGCUGACAGAGUCUUGGAUGCACUGGGUUGUAUUGGGUUACAUAGAAUAUGUUAUUACCGGUUUCUCUCUUACUUUUUCUCGUGUUACUUACUAGAACCGCUUUCAAUAAUUGAAUUGUAAUGACA